AUGGAGCGUCAUGGCUGCCUGAUGGCCGGCACGGCUCUCCUGUGUUGUCGCCAGUGCAUGAGGGAGGACAGCGGCCGCUUCAGCUGCCGGCCUCUCAGGCAUGAGGAUGAGGACGAGGGUGAGGAGGACCCCGUGUUGUGGACGGAGGACGACCCAAGUAGCUCUUACUACUCAGAUGGUGCUGAUGAAGACGCCACACAUAUAGUACACAGACACAGGUGCUGCCCUUACCAAGAUGGCGGAGGAGAAGCACACGGCUCCGUCACCGCAGGCUCCACAGGCGUCCACAUGGUCAGGACCUUGGACGAGGAUGAGGACGAGGACGAGGACGAGGACUCCCCUGACGUGUGGAGGGGACAUAUGUACCCAUACUGUGAGCUUAGGGACAGCUAUGGCGGCCACCGCCCUUGUGUCUACGCUCACAGGAGGAGUGAGGAGAACGGGUGUGCAUGUCUGUACAAGUCACGCACAGACAGCUGCGAGGGUGUCACGACCGAGCAAUGGCCGUACUCACCUUUCCCCUGUCUCAGCGUGAGUAAAACGCUGCUAGUUGGAGUUGAAGUGGACAUUGUUGAAGAAUUGGAAUUUGAAGAUACAGAAGUAUUGGAAGAGCCUGUUGAGUAA